UUAGUGUGUAUUUAGUGUGUAUUCAGUGUGUAUUCAGUGUGUGUGUUUAAUAAUAAUCACCUUGAUGCUGCUCUCAGAGUUCGGCUCCCGGCAGCUCAGAUGUUCCCAGCACUGACCGACCGCUCCUCUGGCCACGCCCACAACCAGCACAGCAGCCAAUAGCCACGCAGGACACAUUCUCCUGAACCCCGGCCAAUCAGAGACGAGGACAAAGACACGUCACACAUGAAGACAGCUCUGUGUGUAGUUCCUGCUGAUGGCCACCAGAGGGCGCCAUGGCAACACAUACACACCAUGUCAAGCGUGAUGGAGCGUAAACUGGAUCUGUCGCGUCUGACGGACGAAGAGGCCAAACAUGUCUGGGAUGUGAUCCAACGAGACUUCAACCUCCGGAAGAAAGAAGAGGAGAGACUCGGCGAUUUGAAGACUAAGAUCGAGAAGGAGGACACGAAGCGAGAGCUGCUGGGCUCUCAGAGCCAUCUGUCGGACUCGCACUGCAUCCGCUGCCUGCAGCCCUUUAAGUUCCUGGUGAACAGCAAGCGGCGCUGCCUGGACUGCCUCAUGUUCACCUGCAAGGACUGCAGCCGCUACAACAAGAAGGAGCACGGCUGGGUGUGUGACAACUGCCGCAUGACCAGGGUGCUGAAGAUCGGUACCGUGGGUUGGUACCAUGACAACGUGAGAAACCGCUUCAAGCGCUUCGGCAGCGCCAAGGUGAUGAGGUCGCUGUACAAGAGGCUGAACGGAGACGGUGGCCGUGACGACGACACUCAGAGUAUGCCGGACGUCCGCAGCCACGGCUGUAACGGUACGGAGGAGGACCAUGGAGAGACUGAGGUUCAGCGCUACAAAGUGAUGAGGAAGAACAAGCGCCUGCUGUCUGUCCACCCUCUGGACUUUGACCCUGAGGAUUACUACCCUUACUCCCGACGGCCGUCCGUACAGUGUGUCGUCCUGCUGCAGACGCCUGCUCCCGCGGGCCUGAGCGAGGAGGAGAAGCUGCGGAGGAAGCUGAGCGAGCUGGCCGGUAACCUUAGCGAUAAGGGCCUGUCGUCGGACGACGAGGCCCAGAAGAAGUCCCUCUCCGUGGGGAAGAGCGCGGCCGGCGUCCGCGCCGUUGGCCCCCCGCUCCCUCCGAAGGAGAAGGAACUGAGCUCCUCCAGCGACGAGAUGCCCACCGAGGCCCAGAAGGUACCAGGGAGGCUCGAGGACUUCACAGCAAAUGGGACCCUGGAGGUUUCAACUCACACCAGAAACAACACAACUGAUAAAAACCCGACCAAAACGAGCCACAAAAUGGGAUAA